AUGAAUAGUAAAAAUUAGACUUAAAGUCACCACUUUUUAUCCGUUCCUAGAUAAAAUGUAAAGCUUGAUCCAAUUCAGAUGAGUCCACUAACAUCAACAUUGAAAAGAAAGGAAAUGACAGAAAAAGAAUUGAAGAGAAAAGAAAAAUAGGAAGAAUAUAGAUCUGCAAUGAAUAAUUAGAGCGAAGGAGUUUGGAGUUUAAUUAAUGGAAUGAAUACAAAAGUAUAAAAAAUAGAUAGUCUGGUAAACUAGUAUUAAGACCAAAUGGAAUAUGUAAACUCAAAUGGUAUAUAAUAGUACUUAAAAAAAGCCUACGUUUUUUACAAAAACGAUGAUCCCUUUGAUCCUAGUGAUCCUCUGGGAUAAAGGACUUAUGCUAAUUAAUAUAUUUACAGAAAAAAGCUACCAACUAGUUUUUACUACAUAGAAAGAUAAAAAAUAAGAGAAAGAAUUCAACUGAAUACCUAAAUGUAGUUUUUUCAUCCUGAGUGGUUUGAGCAUAAAAAGCAAAAAAAUAGAUAGAGAUAAGAUAUUGAUUAUUUAAAGCUAUUAGCUUAACGUAAAGAAAUAGUGCAAAAAGAGCCAGCUCCUAAACACAUACCUCUUAAUUUAAAUGCAAUGUCUUCAAAUAGAAAAGCCGUCCUUGAUGAAUUCUAUUCUAAAGAUACUCCUAACAAAGUUCAAAAAAUCUGCGAGUUAUAAAAAAAACUUAUUCCAGAGUAGGACAUAGAAAGAAUAGAAUAAUUAAAAAAAAUCCACGAAUAGGAAUUGCUUAAUAUACAAAGUUAUAAAAAAAUAUAGACUUAUAAUUACCUUUGA